AUGGCUGGAAUUUCAAAACGAUGGUCUGAGAAGCUGGGUUGCCAGUGCUGCCGCCAUAGAAAAGCAGUAGCCGCGGCCGGCACUGGGCGGGGAGGAGGGAGGGGAGACGCCGCAGAAGGCGGAGCAUUGGAAGGGGGGGCGCUGGGCGUGGGGGAGGGCGCAGGGGACAGCGGCAGAGGGGAAGCAGUUGGCGUGCAGAGAAAGGGCGAGUGCCGAGGAGGAUGA